AUGCCCAAAUACUAUUGUGAUUAUUGUGAUACAUAUUUAACACACGAUUCACCAUCUGUUCGUAAAACUCAUUGUCAAGGUAGAAAACAUAAAGAAAAUGUUCGUGAUUAUUAUCAAAAAUGGAUGGAAGAACAAGCACAAAAAUUAAUCGAUCAAACAACAGCUGUAUAUAAAUCUGGAAAAUUAGGCAAUCCACCUUUCCCAAUGGGUGGACCGCGUCUCAUCAAUCCAACUAUGCCACCACCACGACCAGGCAUGCCAGCUAUUGUUUCGCCAUGGCCAUUCGGUCCCUUACCGCCACGAAUGCCACCUAAUCCAGCUGUCAUGGCCGCUAUGAUGGCAAUGCGACCACCACUUGGUGUCUUGCCUCCUGGAAUACCACCGCCACCAACUGUUAUUCCAAAACCUUCUAAUGAAUGA